UGUCCUAUUUGGAGAUGUUGGUGCAAUCCCAGGUAACUAAUUCGUUUCUAUAUUUGUUUGAUUUUUCAUGUCUCUAUUGACAUCUUAUUUGGUUUAACCUCAGCGCUUGCAGCUUGUGCAUCCAUAACUCUUUCUUCCACUGUUUCUCCCGGAUUCAUGACUCAGCUGGAGCGAUGAUUGCAAAGUGAAGGAAAAGAUCUAAAAUUGGUGGACGCCCCUGUUUCUGGUCAUGUUAAAAGAGGUGCUGAGGGAAGUCGAUGACUUCUCAUAUGGAUGUGGACAGGCUUUAAAGAGUUACGGACUUGAUGCCAAAGGUUUUUUCAAUGCUACCGGGGUUCAGUUCAGAAUUGAUGCCAAAGGGUCAAGAGAAAGAAAGCCAGGCAAAGAUCAAAAGAUACAUGACCAUGAUGGACUCAAUGACAAAUGAAGAGUUAGACAGUUCAAAUCCAAAGAUCAUGAAUGACUCUAGAAUCAUGCGGAUAGCAAGGGGUUCUGGUCGCCAUGUCAGAGAAGUUAUGGAAAUGUUGGAAGAGUAUAAGCGGCUUGCCAAGAUUUGGAGCAAAAUGAAGGGACUUAAGAUCCCAACGCGGGGUGAUAUGAACAUGCGGUCUCGAAACAUGAAUGCACAGCACAUGAGCAGAGUUCUUCCACCUCAGAUGCUAAAGCAGAUUAGUGGCAUGGGUGGUUUACAGAACUUGAUGAAGCAAAUGGGUUCUGGCAAGGAUAUGAUGGGUAUGUUUGGAGGUGGCGAGUCAUAAUGGCUGAUUUGUUAAGUGUAUCAUUCAGUUGUAACCUCUGGGCGAAAUUAAGCAGCCACAGUUUGGUUCCACUAAGAAUUAGACGGGCCUUAUUUCCUCAAGUGACAAGCCAUACAGCUAUGAAUAGACAUGGGAGAGUGAGUUCUAGUGGAAGGGUCGAUGCAUUUGAUUUGCGUUCUUAUGUAGCUAGUCAAAAUGCUGGCUUGGAAUAAUUACAGGAUUUUUUGUUUUUUGAGUUAGGAUUAUGGGAGAGCAGGUGUACCUUUUGGUUUUUUUAUAAGUCAGCUGAAAUGCAUUACUGAAGUUUUUUGUGUGUUUCCUCCCUUUCUCGGUUGAAUUUAUUGAUUCCAUAUGACAAA